UACAUUAAUUAAAAUUCUUAGAGGGCGUAGUAAAAUAUUUUUUCCCUCGUUAAACGUGGGAAAUUGCGAAAUUCGCUAGAUUUAGGACUGUAAAAUGGAUAUUAAUUCCAUGGGGAGAAGGGUGACGCAAUUAAGUACAAUUGCUGUUAUUGGAUGCUACAUUUUUUUAAUUCAUCCUGUUGAAUCUAUUAAAUUACCUGUUCGAAGAAAUACGACUUUUACAUGGACGACAGGACGCUGGGGAGUAUGUUAUAGCUACGAUAAAUGUGGAAAAGGCGAAAAAGAAAGACACGUAUCUUGUUCCGAUUCUGAAGGUUUCCGGACAUUGGAAACAAAUUGCGAUAUUAGCACAAAGCCGCCAACUGUAACUACUUGCUUUCGAGUAUGUGACGAACAUCGAAAUCAAUUAAGAUGGAGAGUGGGAGAAUGGGGGCCUUGUUUAUCUAUGGAAGUUAGUGAAACAUCGAACAUUUGCAGGGAAACAACUGGUCGUGCGGUCAGGACUGUUACCUGCAUCUAUACAUCUCCUGAGGGUAUCAGUGAAAAAGUGGAAGGAGCUGCAUGUGCUCGUUUCGAUAAAAAGCCAGAUGACACUUUGCCAUGCAGCAAAGAUUGUCCUCAGGAUUGCAUCGUAACAGAUUUUCAACCGUGGACAUCCUGUAAUGGAUGCGAAGCUGUAAAUCGCACAAAAUCCAGAAUUGUUUUAGUUGCACCCAAUAAGGAAGGUCGGAUUUGCCCACCUCUAAGUAUUAUGGAGCCGUGUUCAAAUAUGGCUGCUUGUCUUCAGCGUCCAUUACAGAAACCACGUUAUUUAUUAAAAAUUGGGCGAUGGAGUCCGUGUAUUAGUUCUUCACAUUUGAAACCAGACAGUAUAAAAACAAAUUAUCAGCAUCGUCCCGAGAUUGGUCAGCGUGUGAGAAAUAUCACCUGUCUGACUGAUUUAGGUGAUAUCGUCGAUCUCAGCUUUUGUCAACAUAAUUAUAAAACAAUCGAGACUGUACAGAAUUGCAUAGUACGGGUAAAUUGCGUUUUAAGUCCGUGGAGUGAAUGGAGUAUUCAAGAAGAAGGUUGUAUUACUUCUGAAGGACGAAUUGUGCCAGAAAUUAGAACUAGAUCUAGGCGGCUUUUGAAGCUUCCAGAAGGGGAUGGUUUUCCAUGUUCUCCUCUAUAUGAUGAAAGAAUUAUUACCUCCGGCCUUCCACCUUGUGAUAAGUAUAUAUGGGUAGCAUCAGAAUGGAGUGAUUGUGUUGUUAUUUAUCAACAAAAAAUAUUCAAACCCUUAUGUGGAGGUGGUUUACAACUUCGUAAUUUAACUUGUCUUCGUUCCUCUGAUCAUGUACCAGUUUCAACAUUGUUUUGUAAAGAAUCUAAACCUGCUACAAUUCAGAGAUGUCAUAUCCCAUGUCCACAAGAUUGUGAAGUUUCUCAGUGGACUCAAUGGAGUCCUUGCAUACCAUAUAAUAAAACAGAUUUUUUUCAGAUAUCUGGGGAAGGAUAUAAAUUGAGAAGUAGAGAGAUAUUAGUUGAACCGACAUCAAAUGGAAAAGAAUGUCCACAUUUACAUGAAGUUGAUCUCUGUGAGAAAUCACAAUUAGUUAUGUGGAAAUAUGGUGAAUGGGGACCAUGCAGACUUCAUUCACAGCAAACAUGUGGAGAAGGUAUUCAAACAAGAGAAAGACAAUGUAUUAAAGUAAAUGGGUCAUUAGCUGUAGAAGCAAUGUGUAUUUUACAUCUUCUGCCCCCACAUGAUACUACUACUUGUUAUGUGCCAUGUCCUGAAGAUUGUGUUAUAUCUGAAUGGUCACCAUGGUCAAAAUGUUCCGUUUCUUGUUCAGAUAAUCAUGCUGGUGGAGAAUAUUUCCAAAAUAGAACAAUAUUAGCUCAUGCUGGAAUUGGAGGCAAACGCUGUCCUCAAUUUCUUUCCAACACUGAUAUUUGUAAUCAAGAUAGCUGUAAAGGGUUCAAAUGGAAAACACUUCCAUGGAAUGAAUGCAGAAUAACUGGAAAUGCGACAUGUGGUGAAGGCAUACAAGUUCGGAAAGUCUUAUGCAUAUAUGAUAAAGAAGAUAUAUAUGUAGCUAUUAAAAAAUGUAGUGGUAUUUCUAAACCUGCUGUUAAAAGAGCAUGUACAAUACCAUGCCCAAUUGAUUGUUCAGUCACUAAGUUUUCUGAAUGGAGUACAUGUCCUGAUGAUUGUGAAACAGAUUCAUUUCAGUAUCGGCAAAGGUAUAUUUUAGAAUUACCAAAAUUUGGUGGAAAACCUUGUUCAACAAUACUGAAAGAGGAAAGAUCUUGUUUGAAGAAGAAUGGCAUACAAUGCCGUAAAAAGUCACUUUCUUCCAAAACAUAUAAAUGGGAUAUAGGACAGUGGAGUUCAUGCAUACUACCUCAAGUUAAAAAUUGUGGAAAAGGCUUCCAGAUUAGAAAUGUUACAUGUAUUCAUGAAGAUGAUAGAGGAGUUGAACCCGAUAUGUGCAUAAGUUCUAAUUUUUUUCUUGAUGAUCAAAUACCUUCAAGAUCACGAAGAUGUUUUGUAUCAUGUGAUAAAAAUUGUGCUGUAUCUGAAUGGUCAGAAUGGUCACUUUGUGAAAAUGCUUGUAUAUCUAAAACAAAUAGGACUAGACAACUUUUAACUGAUGACUAUGAUAUAAUAGAAAAUUGUAAAAAUCAGUUUCUGACCAUAGAGGAAAAAUCUUGUCCAUAUCCAAUGGAUUUAUCAUCUGUAAGUAGUCAUUGGCAAGAAUGUAUUGUGGAUGAAAAUGAUUCUAAUAUCACAGUAAAUGGAAGAUCAAUUAUUGGUAAAUGUGGUACAGGACAGAAGUUCAGACAAACAGAUGGAUUUGACAUGAAAAACUGUCAUCAAAUGGGAUAUGAAGUAGAUAUGUGUGUUGUUGAAUGUCCUAGAGAUUGCAAAGUUACAGCUUGGUCUUCAUGGUCAGUUAACAAUGCCAGUUGUGGAAGUGUAUAUAGGCAUAGGCAUCGUAAAGUUAUUCAUACUGCCAAUAAAUUUGGUCGACCUUGUAUUAACAUACAAAAUGGUAUUGAAAAUGAAACCAAAGUAGAAAAUGUUUCUUGUGUUGCAUAUUCGUGGUUGGCUGGAAAUUGGAUGCAAUGUACAACUUCAGGAAUUUGUGGCAAUGGUACACAGAAGAGAGAAAUUAACUGUGUUAGAACAAUUGAUGAAACAAAUCCCAUAAAAGUAGAUAUCAAUAAUUGUAAUUCUAUGUCUAAACCAUCUGUUUCAAGAGAGUGUUAUUUACCAUGUCCAAAAGAUUGUGUUGUAUCUGAAUGGUCAGAAUGGUCUGAAUGUGAUAAGACAUGUAAUAAUUUAUAUAAUCGCACAAGGAAAAGAAUAAUAUUAAGAUACAAUUCUGAAAGUGGUAAACCAUGUCCAUCUUUAGUAGAUUCUGAAAAUUGUUUAUUAGGUACAAACUGUUUUUAUUAUAUAUGGAAGGUUGGGAAUUGGAGUUCAUGUGUUUUACCAGAAGGAGCAUUCUGUGGUGAAGGAAAACAAAGAAGAGCAAUACAAUGUGUUCGGAAUGAUGGACAUUUUACCAGUAUUUCAAAAUGCUUUAAGAAUGCUCAACUACCAGAUAAUAUAGAAAAAUCAUGUUAUAUAGAUUGUCCUAUUGAUUGUGAAGUAUCAGAGUGGUCUGAAUGGGAUAAACGUGACUGUCAACAAUGUGGUUUAAAAAAGCAAAUGAUAAGAUCACGUCAUGUAAUCCAACCUCCAAGUGAGAGAGGACAACCAUGCUUGCAGCCUUUAAUCCAACAUAAGCCAUGUCCAUUUAAUCCAUGUUAUUAUUGGAGUAGUAGUAACUGGUCAGACUGUAUAUUAAAGGAUGCAGACUGUGGAUAUGGCAUCAGGACACGAACUGUACAAUGUAAAAGACAAGAUGAUGUGACUGUUUCAAACAGAUAUUGUUUUCUAGUGAAUUGGACAAGUCCAUUAACAAAAAAAGUGGACUUAAAUUGGUUGGCUUUAAGUUUUGAUCAUAAGGAGACAGAAGAAUGUUAUAUUCCAUGUCCUGGAGAUUGUCAGAUGUCAGAUUGGAGUCUUUGGAGUCAUUGUCACAGAGAUUGUUCAUUGGCUGAAAUAGAUCAGAGUGAUAAUACGCAAGCGUAUCAUCUAAAUAGCCAGUCAUUUUCGUUCUUUUCAGGAGGUUGUCGUCACGUGGCCAAACCUUGUCAUCCUCCUUGCAAAGAACCGGGCACGAUUUGCAACACUACUUUGGGUGUCUGCCAAUGUGGAAACAAUAUUAAUAACAAUAAGAAAACCAAAUGUGUAAUUAUGAAUCCUAACGAAACUAAUUCGGAAGAAAUUUUGCUCAAAUAUUUUCCAGACGAUAGCCAAAAGAGUAUCUGGAUGUACGCAAUGAUUACUGUUGGGAUCGCCUUCGUCAUAUUUGUUUUUAUCACUAUGUACCUGAUGUGUCAUUCUUCGUUGCGUCAACGCCUUAUGGACAUCAGAAGACAGGCUGGUGUAAGAAGGCGCGUACAUAACCCACCCGAAAUCGAGAAAAGAUGUACUUACGAUGGUUGAGUUUUAUCAUGCCGGGGACAACUACAUUAUAAA